AUGGGUUCCCUUCCCGAUGAUUGCAAUACUAUUGCUUCCAGCUGGUCAACUGGGUUGAAGAACUCCACUGAAAAUUGCCAUGGUGUCGACAAUGUUACGGUUGCAGUACUUCUAGAGGAUAUCGUGGUGCUGAUCAUAAACAAGUUAGACUUGGUGGGCUUCCAUCAUUUUAGUGCAGUCUGCAGGUCUUGGCAAUCUAUUGCCAUUGCUGCCAAGAAAACACGGCUGUUGCACCUUAGACCUCAACUCCCAUGGCUGAUGGUUUCCCAUCUUUUUGGGUUUUUCAGUCUCUCCCAUGACGAAGUUUUUAGGUUAGAAUUGCCUGAAAUCUAUGACACACAGUGUUGUGGGUGUAAUUGGGGAUGGUUGAUAAUGGUGGGUGAGAUGAGACGCAUUUUUCUUUUGCAUCCAUUUACUAGGGCUGUAAUUGACCAACUUCCAACUCAAGCUACUCUUCCUGUUCUCGAUGAUUGCUUGGUUGUAGCAAUUUAUGGUAGCCACCAUUUAGCCUUAUGUAGACUAGGAGAUGAGGCGUGGACAACUUUUGGAAAUUACCAUUUUGAGGAAUCUUUUGAAGACAUUAUAUUCUACGAAGGAAAAUUAUAUGCUAUUACUUUUCAAUAUGAACUUAUACUUGUGGAGUUGCAUCCUCAUCCAAAAGGAACAAGUUGUAACGUUGCUCCUCCAGCAGAAGAGGAAUUUAGCCCUCUCACUAAGCGGAUGAAGUCCUUUUAUUUGGUGGAACGUCUUGGAGACUUGUUGAUGGUUAUAAGAUGUCAUGUAUUUGUUGAUUCAAUGAUAAUCCCUAAACCUGCUAUGUUCAAGAUAUUCAAGUUAGAUCUAAAGGGUCGGUGUUGGAAUAAGGGGGAAGACUUGGAUGAUCAAAUGCUAUUUAUUGGCACAAGUACUGGCUUCUCUCUUUCUGCAGUUGACUUCCCUGGAUUUAGAGGAAACUGCAUAUAUUUCACAGAUGAUUUCUCUCAUGACUUUUCAGUGUAA